AUGCCGAUGGAAAAUGAAGAUAUUUAUCUCUCCCCCUCCGAGCCUGAAGCGGAGGAGAUUCAUCACUCUCCCACAACUUAUGUAGCUGAUGAGCAUGAUAAUCAGAAAGCAAAUGAUUCAAAAUCUUCUCGAGAGGAUGAUGACGAUGAUCUUUAUGAAGAUGUGGAAUUUUUGAAAGAAAUCGACUUUAUCGGAAUCAAUGACGACAUUCCAACAAACAUAGAAUUUGAUUUUGGUGACGAAGAUUUUGAUCCUUUUCUUGAUAUUCCCAACAGCUGUCCUCAUGGAGUAGUUGAUCGUCCUUUUGUUCAAUCACCUCCUGUAACUGAUGAUCUUCCUGUUAACCCUCCUGCUCCAAGAACAACUACAAUUCUCAACAGGUUUGAAAAAGAACCUGAAGGAAGCAGAGCCAGAAUCACAAUCAAGCAGGGCAAAAGAAUCGUAACUGCAAAACAAAGCGAAGGCCUUUUAUUCAUGAAAAAUUAACUCUGCUGCAGCAGUACUUUUCUCAAGAUGUACUUGACAUUUACAAGCAACAGAUGUGUGCAUGCUUGA